AUGUCUAUUCAAACCGGCAACCUCAACAGAAUCCAAUACCUGCCAUUCGACUCGAUCCGGCGGCCCAUUGUUCCUGUCCUGGACGAGGAGAAGAUUUCUCGGAUGAUUGAGACUUUGAAAAACACAGACCCGGAAGCUCUGGAUGACGGGUUACCGCCAAUUGACGUUCUGACGGUGCGCAAGAAUGGAAAGUCGUGGUAUUUCGGAUUCGGAGGAUGCCACAGAUUCCAAGCAUACCAACGCACAGGGAAGAAAAUGGUCAAAUGCAAAGUCGUGCCGGUCACAGAGUCGAUGCUUACAAUGUACGUGGGCAGCAGUCUUGAGAACAUGUUUAAAGAG